AUGGCGCCUCAGCUGCUCUCCGAUGUUUGGGAGCGAUGGGCGCCUGCAGUUGUCUACUUCUACAACCAGGAGUCCUUUCCCUUCUGCGACCGAGCCGAAUUCGAGAAUCACAUCUGCAGCGGGUUGAAGAACGGCGAUACCAUUCGACUCGAUGAUGACGGCCGUCAAUUCAUCAUCGACCUGACUGAGACUUCUCCCAACAAUUUUGACGUCGUCGCUUUCAGUAUCAUCAAGUUUAGCUUGAAUCACAGACUCCACGGAGGUAAGGUGAUCACAGAGUUGUUAGCCGACCACCCAAGAGCUACCGACCAUGUCGAUUUCAUUCGUGGAAUGGAGACUGUGCUCAUCAAAAGCUCUGGCGACAUUGAGCCUAUGUGCUGCAAACAGGGCUGGAUGGAGGCAACUCAUGACGCUGGUCGCCACCCCCAUUCUAUCGCAGAGGCUUCACGACAAAAGAUCGUCAAAGUCGCAAAGGAGAAGAAAAUGCAGGCACUGAUACUUGCACAAUUGGAGCCGAAGAAAGAGUCCUCGAUGACGAGCACGGAGGAACUGGGAGUGAAUGACGAGCUGAGUCGCAACCUUGCCGCUUUAUGCAAGAAGGCCGCCACCCUUCUAGCUUCGAAAGGCGAACGCAAGACAAUCCAAGUCAACGAAAACAUCAGCACACAGGAAGCAAUCUCAUUCGUGAGCAAAGCAAUUGACCACUUGCAGCACUGGGCUCCAUCCGGACCAUUUGAUCAGGCUCGAGGCGAUAAACUUUCGGAGAAGGCAGCCUCAUCGAAGGCUACGACCAAGGCCCAAGAAGAAGAGAUCAAGAAGAUGAAGAAGAAUCACUCAGACGAGAAGAAGAGGCUUGAAUUCAAUGUCGAGCUGGUUGAAGCGCAAGCGCAUGUCUCUCUGCUUGAAAUGGAUGUCCGGCGAAUCACCGAACAGAAAGAGCAACUUGAGAAGAUCAGUGCAGAUUUGAAGGAAGAUCUUGAGCUUUCCCGGUUUCGGGCCAAAGACGCAGAGGAAGAGUUGAGGCAGCUGACGGGUCAACAUUCCGACGGUGCGAAUGGAGAAGAGCUUGCAGAGAACAGUGCUCAUCAAGUCACCGGUCAGCUUCAAGAGGCUUUCCAUCAACAUAAGGAUAGGCAAGAGGCCAUCUACACGCAAGUGUCUGAUGAAGGACAACACUUGCCUCAAUCACCCAGCGACGACGAAACGGACGAUGAAGAGCACGUUAUCAAGGACGAAAACUUCGAUGAGGACGCCCUCUUCGAGGAGCUCGCCGAAGAGCUUAGUGCCACGGCGAACUUUGAAGAUGUGGCAAGCAAGGAGUCAGGAAAGCAGCUUCGUAUCUCCCAGCUGGAGAGAGAGCUGGAAACGACGAAAAAGACUUUGAAGAACAAGACUGAUGAGCUGGCCUCAGCCACAGAGCAGCAUGUCAAGGAGCUCAUGGAGGCUGGAGAAAGCAAGGAGAAGUGCGGAUGCAAGAAUAAGGAAGCCUACGUGGAGAGCCUUGAGGAGCACGUCGAGAAGCUGAGAGGAACGAUGGAAGACGUGCUCAGACACGUUUCGACGUACCAGGGACGCAAGAGACGUCGUACUGAGGGGCCGGACUUCGAAUACUGA